AUGCAUUUUAUUAGCAGAUUUACAAUUAUUAAAUGUCAUAGGAAACAAGUAACAAGACAUUUUAGCGUGAUGGCAAAUCCUUUAGUAGCAGUAUGUCAAAUGACAUCAACAAACGAUAAGGAAAAAAAUUUUAAAACUGUACGCGAACUUACUGAAAAAGCUAAAUGCAGAUCAGCUUGUAUUGCAUUUUUCCCUGAAGCAUGUGAUUAUUUAGCUGAUAAUAAAAAGGAUGUCAUUGCUAUGGCACAGCCUUUGAAUGGAUCAACAGUAACAAGCUACAAAGAAAUUGCCAAGACAAAUAAAAUUUGGUUAUCAUUGGGUGGACUACAUGAAGCAUUAUGUGACAAUGAAAGCCAUAUAAGUAAUACUCACAUUGUAAUAAAUAGUGAAGGAGAAAUUGUUAGUACAUAUCGCAAAAUGCAUUUAUUUGAUAUGGAUAAUAAAAGCACUGGAGUUAGAUUAAUGGAAUCAGAUUAUGUUACACCAGGACAAAAAAUUGAGUCACCUAUACCAACACCAAUUGGAAAAUUAGCACUUAGUAUUUGUUAUGAUAUGCGUUUUCCGGAAUUGGCUCUUUCAUUGAGAAAUAUGGGAGCAGAAAUUUUAACAUAUCCAUCAGCAUUUACAUACCAAACAGGUGCUGCACAUUGGGAAGUCAUAUUACGUGCUAGAGCUAUAGAAACACAGUGUUAUGUCAUAGCUGCAGCUCAAACAGGUACACAUAAUAAAAAGAGAGUCAGCUGGGGUCAUGCAAUGAUUAUUGAUCCAUGGGGAACAGUAAUAGGACAAUGUAGUGAAAAAACUGAUAUGGUUUUAGCAGAAAUUGAUUUAAACCUUAUAUUAAAAAAUAUUCGUGAAAUUAUUUUUUAA